AUGUGGGAGAGUUUCCAAAGCACCUCUGAUCAGAAGAAACACUCGGACCAGUGUUCCGGGCAAAACAUUCCAGAGUCCAGGAAGUGUCCCGGUUGCAGGACGAGGACAUCUCAAUAUAGACAACAGCAGCAGGAAAUGACAAGUCAGGAAGGGAACCUUCAAAGACACCAGACAGCCUGGCCACUACAUACAGGGGAAAACGAGAUGGAGACCCCACAGUCCAGCAGCACAGACGUCGGCUUCUCAAAUGAGUCUCGGCAACACCGGCUAAACCAAUCCGUCGAUCCGUCAAACUUAUUUGUAAGGUGCUUUUUCGAUCAGCGAACUGCUCUUACAGUAAGCAGGUCUACACCCCGAAGAGAAAACCACUGUGAUGAGAUGGACUUUCAGACACAGCAAGACUUUAAUGAGGAAGUCAAUCCAAGCCAACCUCUAAGGGAGGUUGACCCAGCAGGUGGAGGCACAUCUCUGCCUUCAAGGAGGAACGGGAUAGAGACUCCCCAGACCCACAGUACUGAAUCCCAGAACCCAACAAGCUGCGCCGCUUCCCCCACUCUGCCCCCUGGUGUGAAUUUAGAUUCUAGAACAUGUCACGUGUGUUCCAAGAGUUUUCGUAGGAAACAAUCCCUGAUUUUGCAUCUGAGACGUCACGGCGAGGGAGCCAUUAAGUGUCCCAUAUGUUCAAGGUGCUUUGGUCGCAACAGGGAUUUAAAGUUUCACCUGGCCAACAAAUCAGGUUGUGGGCCAACGCGGCGUAAUCUUACCACCGUAAUCGUUCCCACAAAAGACACGCCGGUCUUCACCUGCCCUGAAUGUCUGCAACAGUUCACAAGUGAAAAGAAACUGAAAUCACACAUGGUAUGUCACACAGGAGAUGGGUUCUCCUGUAGCUUUUGUGGCAAGAUGUUUGCUGGACACAACCAAUUGAAGUUUCAUAUUCGUUGUCAUAGUUACAGGCCUUAUCUAUGUGAUACGUGUGGCAAGGACUUCCCAUCUCAGAGUGCGUUGGAAUCACACGAGCGUGUGCACACAGACGAGCGGGCAUACUCUUGCACAGACUGUGGGAAAACCUUUAAGCGGAAGGGUACGCUGACACAACAUCGACUGAUUCAUACGGGGGAGCGGCCAUUCGCGUGUGCUCUCUGUCGAGUACGCUUUACCACCAAUAAGCAUCUGAAACUGCACAUGAUGUGUCACACGGGGGAGAGGCCUUUUAAAUGUCCGGUUUGCGGGAGGGGCUUUAGACAGAAAGGCGAUUUGAGACAACAUCAAGCUUUGUGUUCCUAGUUGCCUUUGGGGCUCAAGAGCAAUCCGACUGUGUGAAGAAUCCACUUGAACGCCUCUCCAACUGGGAACUACUUGUGAAGGAAACGUAUCUGUCAUCUCUGAGCUUCCGGCUUCUGCCACAUGCGGAACUCUGACGUCACAAAGGAAAUCACCUUUGAUAACAGCAUUUUUUUGGCAGUUAAAUGCAACAACAAAACAUUAUUUAUGAAACCAUUUAAACAAAAAAAAAUCUAUUAAUAUGUUUUUUUUUAAAAUAAGUUAGUGAGCAGGUUGCUGUACAUUCAGUUUGUGGUUGACACAGCUUUGCCAUCCAGCCAAUCGGCGUUUUCUAAAUUGGUUUAAAGCAUGUGAAUGUACUCAACUCGUUGCGCCCAGUUUCCCAUUUGUCAUGAAGGCAGCAUAAAGCACGCGCAUGGGAAGUGGCGCAGGUGCAUGCCAUUACGGUUUGGAAUGGAGACUUCAACUUACGAUUUUAACGAGGUUAUCAAUUAGUCUAUUAGACCAAUGUCAAUGGGGAUGUUUCCAAAUGCAAUAGACCUUAUACCACCCGUCGCAUAAAUAAGGCCAAUUAAGUACGACAUGAAUGGUUUAAAAAAAAAUCUUGCACAAUUGUCCAUGGCUGUCUAAUUGCAACGAUCCAGAACUUUCUGAGAGUUGAUUAAAUAUUGUCGGGUUCUCUGAUUGGAGGAAUCACUGAAGACUGAAACGCCUAUAAAAUGCUGUUUUAACAGAUCUCUCAGUGGGCAGAUGUUCCAUUGGGUACGUUGUUGGGGAGGGAUGAUGCACUGUCCAGUUUCAAGCACACGUGUAGAAGUCUGAAUACUGCGGCUCGUGCCAGUAAACUCGUAAUUCAGCCAACUCUGAAAAGAGCACUAGUCAUUUUGAUUUGUGAUAUACACUAAUCAGAUGUAUUUUGUCGGGUAAAUUAGAUUCCUGUUGGGUGGUUCUUAUCAACAGACUAAAACCUUUCUACAUUUUCCACAACAAAAAACUGCUUCUUUGAGUUAAUUUUGAAUUAAGUUAAUUUUGAAUUCUCCAUAUUGAAUGAGUUCAUUUUGAAUUCUCCCUAUUGAAGGAGUUCAUUUUGAAUUCUCCCUAUUGAAUGAGGUCAUUUUGAAUUCUCCCUAUUGAAGGAGUUCAUUUUGAAUUCUCCCUAUUGAAGGAGGUCAUUUUGAAUUCUCCCUAUUGAAGGAGUUCAUUUUGAAUUCUCCCUAUUGAAGGAGUUCAUUUUGAAUUCUCCCUAUUGAAUGUCAUUUUGAAUUCUCCCUAUUGAAGGAGUUCAUUUUGAAUUCUCCAUAUUGAAGGAGGUCAUUUUGAAUUCUCCAUAUUGAAGGAGGUCAUUUUGAAUUCUCCAUAUUGAAUGAGGUCAUUUUGAAUUCUCCAUUUUGAAUGAGGUCAUUUUGAAUUCUCCCUUUUUGAAUGAAAUAAUCUGUUGAAAAAGUUUUUUACAUUUUUAAUUACAAACUUCUUAGCUUUGUAAAACAGCCAAUUGUAUAUGUCCUUUACAAAACUGCAACUAUAUGUCUACAAGAAUUGUAAAACAUAACAGCAACCCAACAUGCAUUAUCCUCAAUUUUGUCAUCCUUCAAUUUUGUACGUUACAAUUUGUUCUACGAUGUAAUGAACGGUUAGAAACACGUCAAAACUAAUCAUUUUGGCCCCUCCUCUGUCUUAGUGAAAAGUUAAAGAAAAGUUAAAGACAACAGGUUCUGAAUUUACAUCCAUUGUACAGAAAUGAUUAUUCUGUGGAAAUCAUUCUUAAAGGUUUUGGUUGUUACAGG